AUGUAUGUUCAUUGCUUCGCUCACCAGCUUCAGUUGGCAAUUGUAUCUGUGGCACGUAGGAAUUGUAUGGUUGGUGAUUUUUUGGACGUACUUGCUAUUAUUGUGAAUUUGGUUGGUGCAUCAUGUAAGCGUGUAGAUGCUCUUCGAACAAGUUAUCAAGCUAAUAUUCUGGAGAAACUUAAUACUGGGGAACUUACUGGUGGAAGUGAUGUUCUUGAGAAUAUAUUAGAAGAUUCCGUACAUUCAGAUCAAAAAUCUUCGGCCUUAAGACAUAUGAACAAUAUACGACCUUUCAUAAGCCUUACAGAAAAAGGAUCAGGAUAUUCAGAAUGCGAUGUGAUCAUUGAAUUUGUACAUAUUUUAGUGCCUAAUAUGGAGGAUAUUGUAGUGGUGAAAGGUCGACCUAGCCGUGUAGCUCAACAGGUGACUUAUUUUCAUCGCUUUUAUGUUGAUUUGUAUUGUCAUGUGAUAGACUCAAUCUUGCAAGAGUUGAAUGAUCGAUUUUCAGAAACAACUACUGAGCUCUUUACUUGCAUUUCAUGUUUAAAUCCAAGAGAUUCAUUUGCAGCUUUUGAUAAGGAUAAAUUGCUACGUUUUGCUCAGUUCUAUCCUUUGGACUUCAAUAGUGAAGAACUUUUAUUACUUAAAUCUCAGCUUGAUAAGUUUCUUUUGCUUGUGAGAAUGGACGAAGCUUUCUUUAAUCUCAAUAGUAUAUCCUGUGUAGCUCAGAAGUUGAUUGAAACUAGAAGUUCCUGA